UAAUACAGCUUGUUGAGUUUGUUGUGUGUGAGUCUGAAAAUAGAAGAAAGCUAAAGAACGCCAGGCGGCGUUGGUGGACUUCAACCAAACUGGCAGAGUCAGGUGGUGCAAGGAGAGAAACCAACGAACAAGAUCACAAUGACGAACAUCAAGCUAUUUUCUGGUAAUUCCCACCCAGAACUCUCCAAGCGCAUUGCGGAGAGACUGGGAAUUGAGCUUGGCAAAGUAACGCUGAAGAAGUUCUCCAAUCAAGAAACCAGUGUUGAAAUUGGCGAAUCGGUCCGCGGAGAAGAUGUGUACAUUAUCCAGAGUGGCUGCGGAGAGGUGAAUGACAAUCUGAUGGAGCUGUUGAUCAUGAUCAAUGCCUGCAAGACUGCAUCGGCUAGCCGUGUCACCGCGGUCAUCCCUUGUUAUCCGUACGCCAGGCAAGACAAGAAGGACAAGAGCCGUGCACCGAUCUCGGCCAAACUUGUCGCUAACAUGCUGUCGGUGGCUGGGGCUGAGCACAUUAUCACCAUGGACCUACAUGCCUCUCAGAUACAGGGUUUCUUUGAUAUCCCAGUUGACAACCUAUAUGCCGAGCCAGCUGUGAUUCGUUGGAUCAAGUCGCACAUUGCCGAGUGGGAUAACUCUGUUAUCGUUUCACCAGAUGCAGGCGGUGCUAAGCGUGUAACCUCCAUUGCUGACCAGCUCAAAGUCAAUUUUGCUCUGAUUCAUAAGGAGAGGAAACAAGCAAACGAAGUCGCCAGCAUGGUACUGGUCGGUGAUGUCAGUGGCAAGGUGGCCAUCCUAGUCGACGACAUGGCCGAUACCUGCGGUACCAUGGGCCUUGCAGCAAAGAAGCUGGAGGAGGCUGGUGCAAAGGCCAUCUAUGCUAUCAUGACCCACGGUGUUCUCUCGGGGCCAUCCAUUCGCCGCAUCCUGGACUCUCCCCUGGAGGCGAUAGCCGUCACGAAUACCAUUCCUCAGGAUGAACGGAAGGAAGCAUGUGAUAAGCUGCGGAUCAUUGACGUCUCCUCAAUCCUGGCCGAGGCAAUUCGCCGCACCCAUAAUGGCGAGUCUGUUUCCUACCUCUUCUCCAAUGAUCCAUUGUAAGCAGGAUUGCGUUGUGCUCGGUGGCAAUGAAAACCUAAUAACUGGUGCUGUCUGCUUGUAGCUUGCAGUACGUACUGUUGGCAGUAAUCUACUGCAACAUGCCACUGAGACCCCCUCCCCCGUCCACAUUGUUCUCUAACAGCUUUGUACAUACUUUGCUACACACAUGCUGCUUGCUGGAAACCUGUUACUGCAUAUUGUCGCUGAACUGAGCCCCCCGCCCAUUGUUGGUACAGUGCCCUGCUUGUUUCUGUUGAUCUGUACUUUUUGUUGUCGAAUAGUGUUUUGUCUGUGUGGAAACCUGUUACCGAAUGCUGUCGCUAAAAUGGAUCCCCGCUGCUGUCACGGUGCCCUGCUUGUUUCUAUUGAUCUGUGCUUUUCGUCGAAUGGUGUUUUGUCAGUGUCUUGAUGAUUGUUUUGUCAUUGUCUGGGCAUCAUGCCUGCUCCUGAGUCGUGUUCUUCAGCAUCUUGAGACCACUUGCCCCCUCGCUCUCUCUCAUCCCACCGCUUUCUUUCCUUUCCUUCAUGCUUUUUCCUGGGCGUUAGGCCACACGUUUUUAUUUCUAUAUUUCUCGUCACCUGAAAAUCUAAACGUCUGCGAGAGGUGGAAAAAAUAAAAAAUUACCAAAAAAAAUA